UUCGUGCGUCGCGUCCGAACCGACGAGCACCGGGCGGUUUCGCAAGUUUUCCCACACCCUCGCCAACGUGCACUCAUAGCUUUUAUUAUUUAUUCAUCGCUUCGUGGCUCCGAUCCGCGAACGAAUGUAGACGGGCAGGCAGAACGUAUUCUGCAAUCGAACGUUUCGGGCGUGUGUGUUUCUUGUGUUUGCCCUUGCGCCGCCUCAUUUUGUAAGCUUCUUUCUGCUUCUGCCAUACUACACCCCAGCAUGGAUUGCGGCGAGGCUGCCGCUGGACAAUAAUCGAGCAGAAGACUCUACGGUAGCUAGUUACUGAUUUUUUCUUUGAAAAGAUUCAUUUAAGCGUGUCGGAAUCGCGGUCUUUAUGAUUUUUGUUCUAUUGUUAGUGUGUUGAAUUGUGUGCAUUGUGGAAAAAUACAUUAUUAUGUGCGAUCUUGUGCCUUGAUGUCAGGAAUAACACCAUCGAGCUCAAAAAGUGAAACUGUGUUUAUUAUAAGUAGAAAGCAGCCAUAAAUUUAAAGACAGAGCAAAAAGCAAGUCACGCCCGACAAACUCUGUGUUAAAUUUGUCCCAUUAUUCUGCGAAGCCAUAAAUCAGUAGCAGCCAAAUCACGAAUAGCUUACAAGUGAACAAAACAAGCGGUUGUUUUUCUGCCAUUGCGAUACGCGCAAAUCAUCAGCAUUAGGAAAGAUUAAUGCGUCUCCCGAAAAGAGUGACGCACUGGAACAAACUGGAAGCAGGUUCGUCGGCAGCAUGGUUGACAAGCCUAAAUUGGAUCUCGCUGGAGAAGAGAUAGUGAUUCAAUCGCCGGCCAUCAGCAAGGGAACCGAUUGCGGUAGUCCACCGCACGUGGUCUAUCUGACGGAAACCUUCUACAUCAGCUCCAAAAAGAAUACGGUCUUCGAGGUGCGAUUAACCGACAAAGGGCUCAGCUUGAAGAAGCAAAGCAAUGGGUCAACCAAGGAACAAACGAUCCCCCUGAAGGAUAUCAUCGGUUGUCGGUGUUUGCGAAGCAAACGGAAAACUAAGGGUGGAUCGGCUUGUGCAUGUACUUCCAUUUCCGGAACCGCUCAGCUCAAAGUGGUCGAAGAAAAUUCCGGCGAACAGGAUGAGUCGGACGUCAGUGCAUAUCUGUACAUCUACGCUUACAUUCUCAAGCGGAAUCGGCGGGGUGGUUUUCGGGAACGCACAACCAUUACGCUUAGAUUUCGAUCCUUCGACAAGUACGAGGAUAACAACAAGGAGGCGCAGAAGUGGCGUGCGGCUAUCAAGUAUCUGAUCGCAGGUGAAACCUCCGUCAAGUCAAUCUUCCAGCCGAAGGACGUCCGUAAAAUGCUAGUGAUUCUCAACCCGAAAUCGGGCAAGGGGAAAGCGAGGGAAAUGUUUCAACAGCGAGUGGCGCCGGUUUUUGCCGAAGCGGAGAUCUCGUACGAUUUGCACAUAACUAAAAAGUCUGACUGGGCCCGCGAAUUCGUCCGGAAUCGAGAUAUAUAUCUGUGGCGUGGGGUUGUCGUUGUUGGUGGCGACGGAAUUUUCUACGAAGUCCUGAAUGGCCUGUUUGAGCGGGAGGACUGGCAGGCGGCGAUAGAGGAAAUUCCAAUCGGGAUCAUUCCUUGCGGAUCCGGGAACGGACUGGCGAAAACGAUUGCACAUUUAUACGAUGAACCAUUCGAGACGAAACCGAUCCUAGCAGCAGCUUUAACUAUCGUUAAAGGCAAACAUUCCAUGUUAGAUGUAGUUAGAGUGGAGACACGUUCUCAGAUAAUGUUCUCGUUCCUGUCGGUUGGCUGGGGACUGAUAUCCGAUAUCGACAUCGAGAGCGAGCGACUGAGGGCCAUCGGAGGUCAACGGUUCACACUAUGGUCCGUCCAUCGGCUGAUCAGCCUACGCACCUAUCAGGGCAAGGUGUCCUACAUUCCGGCAUUAGUUAGUCUUACUACUAGGUCCAAUUCGUUGCCACGGGAAGGAGCAGCUGGUGGAGGCGUUGGGUUGCUAAAGCAUAGUGUAAGUUACAACACUACACUGGACUGCAGUGAUUGUCGUACCGGGGCGAAUGGUGAUAGCCAUAAUAACUGUGAUGCAUGUGACACGAACUUUAGUGACGUGCUGUCCCUGGAGACGGGUAGUAAUUUAGACUCGUUCCGACCGCGCAUCGACAGCUGGUAUUCAGCACAUUCUAGAAAGAGUACCUAUUUUUCCACCGUGGACAGUAUUUACGAAAGCGAUCAAGCCUCUAACGAGGGCACGCAGACUGAGGGAAACAUGGCACAAAUGUAUGGACCACCUUCACGUAUUCCGGCACUAACGGCACCCUUGUCGGAAAACUGGAAGACUAUAAGCGGGGAAUUUGUGAUGGCACAUGCAGCGUACCAGAGUCACCUAAGUACAGAUUGCUUCUUUGCUCCUCGAUCCAAACUGAACGAUGGGGUAAUUUGGCUAUUGAUCAUCAAGGCCGGAGUGAGUCGAUCUCAGCUACUAUCGUUUAUGUUGGGGCUGGGCAGCGGUACUCAUCUACCAGCACAGAACAACGAAUAUAUCCUGAUGGUACCGGUGACAGCCUUCCGCAUCGAACCGAGCAGCGGAUCUGUCGGUCAUAUGACAGUAGACGGGGAGAACGUACAGUACGGUCCGAUUCAAGCGGAAAUUUUUCCUAGCUUAGCUAAAGUUAUGGUACCCAAAUGAUGCUGAAGAUGAUGGAUGGUAGAAACGGGGCGCACACUUUGUGGCAAUUAAUUUUAAUUAUGGUGUCUUUACAGUGCAUGUAAAAAUUGAAUGAACGUGAAUUUGUUAUCGAGUUAGAUAUACAUAUAUGCCAUCAAGGGGAUCCUUGGAAAGGUUUGUUUUUUUACUGAAAUUGGCUCAUUUGUUAUCUCAAAUAGUAGUUGUUUGUUUGAUAUAGAUUUUGUUCCACCAUUAGGUAAUUUCUAGUUAGGUCAGUUGGUUGACUAACCGAAUUGGCUGAUGACUCGAUUUACAACAAGGAAGGCAUGAUGGUGUAUUUCGUGAGGCUGUUUUUCACAACAUGUAUUAAAAGGCAAAGAUAUCGAUGAUGAUUUUCGGUGUUUUUGUAGAUAUGAACUCUACAUCUGAUAGGUAAACUUGAAAGGAGAAAAACUGUAUUUGUUGUUGUAACUCCUCAAAGCACAAUUGUAUUUUACUUUGAAACGCAAACGAUGUUAUGGUAUGUUGUUACUAGAUUUUUUUCUAUUUUUCUAAACAUAUUGUGAAUUUCUGUUAUUUUUGCAUAUUUUUAGUAUAAAGCUCAAUCUUUAGGUAUUGCCAUUUAAAAAUAGAACAUCACAACAAAAUUUGCUAUUGGACAAGAAGUGACACACAUGUGAAAGACAGCCUUAUAAAUUUCCGGCGCAGGUUAAUUGAUUGUAGGGGAAUGUCAUCAGAGUUGAAAUAUAAGACACGACAUCUGUGCGACAGUGUGGAAUUAUUAGUCUACACAGAGAACAGUAAUGGGGGUGGGCGUAGCGGAGUUGGUAAAUCGAUUGCCUUGUACGCAGCGCACCUGGGUUCGAGUCCCGACCCCGCACAUACGGUUAGAAAUUUUUCAUAAGAGAUUUUUCUAACCGGAAAAGGCGAAUGACCUUAAGGUUAAAACCUCUAUAAUCUAACUAAAAAAGAGAACAGUAAUUACACGCUGUAGCACAGAUGGCGGCCGGAGUUAUACACGAGUAAAUGACUGUAGCCCGUAUUUAAUAAUACAUCUAGACCUGUUGAUUGAAAAUACUACAAUUUGGUUCUAGAUUUAUGAAUCCGGUUAAUUUUUCGUCGAACGAAUGUGUCACGAUCGAAUUCCUCUAGGUAGGAAUAUCCCCAUACAUAUGAACAUCAAUUGAAAGCAAUUAAUAUAUACACAUUCAGCGUAGCCCUGUUGAGGUGAUUCAUACAUCAGAAGUUAAUGUCCAAAUGUAUCAUCAGACAGCGGAGCAAUUAUGAUAAUAAAAACCUAAUUUUAUUACCAUAGCAAUUACCUUUAACAUUGAUCACUACGGUAAAGUAUUUCGUCGGAUACACUAACAUUUGUGCUAAACCUUUCUUACCAAAACGUCAUAAACUAGAAUUAGCAAGAGAACCCAAAAUAGUGGCAAUUUUACAAACCAUAAAUACAAAAAUUAACCUAAAUCAAAUUUACCUUCAAACGAAGGUUGUAGAUUUUAGCCAAAUUCAUCGUCUAGAAAAUAAUGAAAACUCCCAUUUCUUCCCAUUAGUUUCACAAAAGCCAGUAGCGUAAAACUUGCGUGAAAAGGUGCCCUUUGUUCGUAUAUCUAUUACAGUUACUCUUUCCAGUUCACUCUGUUAUCUAGUCUGUAAUUUAGCACCAUGGUGAAAAUUUGCAAAAAAUACCAUGCUUUAGCUGACCUCCACUAGGCGAAUAAGGGAAGGAAACCAGCAUGUUUUAUGAAUCGUUUAUCCUAUAAGUUGUGACAGCUUUCUGACGAAGAAAGUGUACGGAUUUGAAGAUAGCUUUUGUUGUAGUUCUGGGUUUGAAAGAGGCAAGUUAUUUGACUAGUUAUUACAGUUCAUUGUUCAUAUACAUUCGAGUUGUGAAAGGUGAAAUAAAACAUAGUAUGAUAUAAGGGCCAUACUAAUAAAUGGUGCAUUGAAAAGGGGAAAUUAAACACAUUUCCACUGUAAUAUGUCA